UGUUGGACAUAAAAAGACGCGAGAAAAGCAAACGGCAGCUAAGGACCAGAAAACAGUCAGUGGCGAAAAUAACAUGCUUUAGAACUGAUAAAUAUAAGAAAAUGUUGGCUCCGGUUGCACAAAAUCUUUGAAAUGACCAGAAAUGCGUCAUAACGAGACCUAUGCGAGGGGCCGUAUUGACUUCCGUCAACAACGUUAUGUCCUGUUUUGUGCGCAUGUGUCGAACGUUACAGGCGCGUUCCAUCUUCAACAGAAGCCCUGUUUUGUUUUUGUAAUGUGAACGACUAAAUAAAAAGAUCGGAUUUAACAACAACAAUAUAUAUAUAUAUAUAUAUAUGGUCAUACAGUUUCUCUCUCUCGCUCUAUAUAUAUAUAUAUAUAUAUAUAUAUAUAUAUAUGAGAGUGAGAGAGACAAACUGCUCCAGUCUCAAAGCAACGGAAUCGACUUUCUCCCCAUCAGAAGCAUCAAGUGGAUAUUUGGCGCCCUCUGUUGGCGGUUUUGCAUCAUCACAGAGCAAAGAUCACUCAUAAUGCUGUGGCUGGUUUGGAUGAGUUCGCAUCGUUUGAAUUUGCAUAAUUCGUGUGUGCGUGCGCGCGCGCAUGUUCUGUCACGCGCUUAUCUCUUCCUGACUGGAUGUUUUCACGAGCACGUGGACUUUGGAGCGUGGAAGGGAAUUUGCGGAAGAGGAAGCGCAAACUUCCGUUUCGUUUUGGAGCUCGAUCGCCUUUCUGCGUUCGCUCCGGUCGGACUCGUUCGGUGGGACCGCGUUGUGCUCACGAGCGCGCGAUGAGCGCGGCCGUGCUGCUGGAUGUCUCGCACUCGUGUCGCUGCGGCUGCACCGAGCGGCUGCUCCGCGAGGAGGCCGCCGCGCACGCGCACUCGCACUUGUUCGUGCUGUGCGCAGGCGGGGUCCGCAGUGACGCCACGGACGCGCUCGUUUGCGCGUGGAGCGGCGAGGGCAUGUGCGUCCUCCUCGACUGGCGCGCCACCGCCGCGUGCGCGUACCGCCUGAAGCAGGCGGCGGAUGAGGUGAGCGCCAUCUCGUUGCGCGUCAUCACCAGCCCGCGGGGGCGCGCCCGGCUGCUCAGGUACGAGCGCGCGCUCUUCACGGCCCUCUACACGUUCACAUACCGGCUGGGCUGCGGCGCCGACGGACCUGGGCGAGAGGUGGACGAUGACGUCACCGCCUUCCUGCAGCGACUUCCGGCGGUAGGAGGGGCCGUCCGGCUUCUGACGUCAUCGCUUAUCCCAGACUGCUUCGGCCACGGCUUCAGCACACGUGUCGGCGGCGUGUCGCGCGUGCCCACCUUGUCAUCUUUGAACCUGUUCAGCAGCCCCAGUAGGCGGGACUCUGCGGCCGUGGUCCACGAGAACCGGCGCCGUCUGGCGCUGCACGCCGGAUUCUACCCACGCCCGCUACAGAUGCUCAAGGUGAGAGCGGAGGUGGUGAUCGCUGUGAGUCGGCCACUACAGCAUUCUGGUCGGCCUUUCUGGCAGGCUACUCUGGUCAGCCACUCAUGCCGCUCCAGUGGACAGGUUCAGCAUUCCAGUCGUGUCUGGGUGUUAGGAAAAGCCGAGCCGGACCGCUACGACGCGGCGGUGACGGACCGGCCCGGCACGGUCCUGGCCGCGCCGGGCGCCGACUGCAUCCCGAUGAUCUUCGCGGAUCCCGUGGCCAAAGCGAUCGCCGUUGCUCACGCAGGGUGGAGAGGAACGCUGCGGGGCGUCGCCGCAGCGACGGUGUCGGCCAUGACGACGGAGUUGGGCUGCGUGUGCGCCAACAUCUUGGUGGUCUUGGGCCCCUCGGUGGGUCCGUGUUGUUUCACACUGGAGCCAGAACAGGCCGCCCGCUUCCACCCGAACUGCAUCCAACGUUCGCAAUGCCACAGACCCAACGUCGACAUACGACUGGCCAACAGGCUGCAACUGGAGGAGACAGGCAUCCUUCCGCACCACAUCCACGACGACGCGAGCGUGACGACACCGUGCACGUCAUGCCACCCCCAAGACUUCUUCUCCCACGUCCGCGACGGCGCCCACUUUGGCACCCAGGUGGGCUUCGUGUGGCUCAAGGAGGGGGCGGGAACGGCGUCGGCCGCGGCCCGAUCGGUCACGGAGGCUUCGCCAGGACAACAUUAGCGCCUGUGGGGAAUGUCCACUUUUGCCCUCUUGAAAAACUGUUGAUUCUUCUAUCAGGAAAACUCGGGUAUUAUUCUUAACACUGUUGGCAUUUCAUGUUCAUAUUUGAAAUUAUUGUUGAUUGACAGGUACACAUUCGAGCUCAGAAUCUUUUCCUUUUAAAAAUGUUGACUUGUCAUCAUGUGCAUUAAAAUGCCAUUAAUGUUUGCCCAAUGGUAUUACUGUAAAUUCUUGUUAAUAAUGUCCAUGUUUAUUUGCAAUCAUUUUCAUUUUUAAGUUUCAUGAUUUUUAGCUUUAUUUUUUUUUUAACAGUGGCCAAGUUUUAAUUUUACUGUUUUUAUUUAAUGUUUAUAUAGUUUUAAUAAAAAUUGGUUUAAAUGUUUUUUUACUUAAAUCAUUUAAUUUUAACCUUAUUUCAAUCAUGUGCACUGUGAUAAUGACCUUGUUUAUUUUUAAUAAUGCAAUUGUCUAAUUUCCAUUUGUUUUGUCUUAAUCAUGUCCAUGUUGAUUUUAAUGUCAAUGGUAAAUUUUUAUCAGAUCAAUUUUUAUUAAAAAUGUUUGUUUUAUGUUUACUUAGUUUGAAUAAUGUCCAUGUUUAAACAUUCUAAUAUUUAUUUAGAAUGAUGUUUAUUUUUUACUCAUGUAGAUAUUCAUUUUGACAAUGUCCAUGCUUAGUUUUCUUAUUUUUAGUCAGGUUCAUCGUUUUUCUUUAUUGUUUGUUCGAUUUUAAUAAAUGCUCAUGUUGAUUUUAAUGUGAAGUUAUUUUCCGUCACAUCAUUUUUAAUAAUGCCCACGUUCAUUUUUCACAACAUAAUACUGAAAGUCAAUUUUCAUUUCCACGAUUGUUUUGAAUCCCUUUUCAACCAGCUGAAUGAGCAUCAUGUCCUGAUGACGCUGUCAACUUCCUGUCCAAUUUUUUAAAUCAUAAAAAUUUGGCAGGCAUGUUAACAAAUUUGUAAAAAAAAAAAUUAAACAUUUUAAAUUCA